UGAUUAUUCACUCCCUACUAAAAUUUGUUGUGUCCCCAAAAGGCAUAACAAUCAUCUCAAAACUGACUACACCGUGAUGAAGUUAAUGUCAAUGCUACCAGUUCAUACGCUAAUUGUAUAAUUGGGAAAUUCAAUUGCGAGAAAGUGAUGAUUGCUUUCAUAUUAACUGGUUAACGCUUUGCAAAGACUUGGACUCGACAUUAAUCGUUCAUCCAGGUGUUAGAACUUCAUCAACGGAACUGAAAAAUACCUGCUAUUUGGAAUAUUAUCAAAUAUAUAAUAUCAUAUGCCAUAAUACAUCCAAAUCAAGUAGAAAUGAAAGUUCUUGAUAUCUCGUAUGUGAAUUGAGUAGAGAAUAUUCAGGAAAUAUAUGGUAGUAUGGAAAUGUAUGACUUGGGCGCCACUUUCAAACGGAUGAAAAAUGCAAAAAAAUGGUUCUGAAAAGUCAGUGUGCGAGCUCUGUUCCGUUUUCCACGUUCCUAACGUAGAAAGGGGUUAACUGUCUCGAUGGGAUCCUCAGGAAGACUUGCCAAAAGACCUAUGGAAAAAUAAACAGCAGGGAAAAGUUGGAAAAUAGCGACUUAACUCGCGCACUCACUGCCAUGUGUUAUAUUCACCUCGAAAUAUCUAGGAUACAAAUCCUGACGACUCACCUUUAUAAAACUCUAUCGUUUCUUCUAUAUCUCAAGGUAAAUUCAGUGUUGCGUAACAGUAUUUCUGAAUGUCAUAUACAUCAGUGUGUGAAGUAAUUCGAAAAUGUACAACUUUAGGUCAAGAUUCCUCUCGUUUCUUCGGAUGGCGAAUCAUCAUUCUCUGAAUGGUUUUUCUAAACAUUCUAGUCACCAGUAUAUUCAUUAUAUUAUCGAACAAACAAUCGAUAAUCAUAAUCAUUAAUUUCUCAUUUGAUACUCUACACGUGACAAUUAUUUACCAACUCGUAGCUUGAAUAUCAUAUAUUUCAGACACAAAAAGGAAGAAAUCGUGUGAGUUACUAUGAGAUUUAGAACAACAUCCUAAUCCGUUGAGUCACCGCGCUUUUGAAGCAUCGCUCUCAACCUACAGUAGAUUCUCUAAUGUGAUGCAUAAACGUAAAUCUCUCAUGAUCGGAAUACUCAAAAGUUGACGAAAAAAGUGAUGAAAUAUUGCCGACGUUUAACUUGAUAGGAAAAAAGGAAGACAUCUAACUCGAAGUUCUCAUUUGGUUAGUAAAACCCAGAGAAUGAGAUUUGGUCACAGAAUCUCAGCAGGGUAUUUUAUUCAGCGCGGAUAAAGGAUUUGAAUUUCAUUUGGAUAUUUCCAUUCUAUAGUACCUCAACUUCUUUCAAAAGCGAGAUGUGUAGCCCAAGAAGCAAAAAAGAUGAGAAAUAUGUCUUCUGGAUUUUGAUGAUCUAAGAUCUGGAAUCCCUGGUAUGCAUUGGAAAUUUAAGCUGAAAAAUGAUUAAUUUUUUGCGAUUGUAUGCAAACUUGAUUAUCUUUGUAAAUCUCAUAUAAGUUUAAUUUUAAAGCAUCUCUACGUGCAUAAAAUUCAAAAUUUUCCUCUAUCAAUGUGAUAGUACUGAUCAUUAUGUUUUAAUACAAACAAAAAUGUAGAAGGGAUAAUUUGAUACUAAAGUCUAUCAUUUUAAGUUUCCGAUGUAUCGUCCAUUUUUAUUAACAUAAUUGUAUUUUUACUGUUUACAUACAAAACAAAGAAACAAUGAUUGACUUGUUAGUGACCUCUUUAAUAUAUUCGGUAAUUUAUCGUCUUAUGAUAUAUUUGCUUCAUUUUAAGAUGGAAAUAAUUAUUGCAUUGCUUUUACUUGCAACCGCUCAUCAGCUAUUUCACUCCUAAAUCUGUAAGAAAAGAGGGUCCCAACAGCAGGCUACUCUUUAUAUACCCACUCUAUCGACCUCAGCGAUAUCUCCAUGGCACGUUGCCGCUCAGCUGAAUAGUUUUACCGUACCCCAGUCACGUCCUGAAACAACUUAUAAUUGACCAAACGUUUGCCAGUGGCAGUUCUUGUUCCACGUUCUUCGUGCCGCGAAUCGACGAAAACCUAGUACUACGUACCUGAAUACGUAGCUAGAAAGCGUCGCGUAGCUGCAAUUUCCUCAAACAAAACCCAGACGAUUUUAAGAAUAGCAGCGGAGAGAAGUUUCUAUGUUGACUCUUUUAUCAUUCCUAAAAUUGCUUAUCGAAUUGUUAUUUCGCGACAAAUUUAACCUACCCAGUCGUCUAAUUCAUUUAUCGUAAUCUAUGUAUUUACAUCAAAUUCCGAGACAGAUCUAUUCAAUUUGCAGAUGUGGGUAGGAAGUAUGAAUACUUCUCUAAAAUAGAUGAAUAUUUGGCAAAAAUAUUUUUUUUUCUCAAUGUAAGCCAUUGUUUCACCCCAAUCUUAAUACAUGCAUAUAUGAUUAGUAAAGAAAUUGAUCGAAGAAAUAUAGAAACAAUUGGAAGCUAAUCAGCGCGGAAAGCUGCGGAAUCACAUUUCUGAUCCUGAUAAAAAAAACUGUUAAUACUAGACAAGUGUAAGCAGCUCAUCUCAAUCGGACUGACCAGUCAUAUUAUGAAACCCCUGCAGCGAUAAAAUAAAUUACUUAUCAUAAUGAGUAAUGGAUUAAUCCCAUUAUAUGACUAUUAAUUAUCAUCAUGACAGUGUAUGCAUACCCGUGACAUAUAUAAGUGUGAGGUAACAAUGGUCAAAAAACUAUUAAAACUGCCAGCUAAAUUAAAUGCCUUUCAAAAUCAACCAUUACUAAGCCAAAAUCCACCUUUUGUGAAAAUCCUUUUAUUAUAUGAGAUAUUUUCUCCGAUCGUGAAAAUUUAUGUCAAAUAAUUAGCACAUGGUUAAAAGACUAACAUGGUGUUCAAAAACGGGAGAAGAGUCUACUGACGUUGAUCAUUGCAUAUCACUGUCGAACUAAUACCCAAAGGUUGAAUCGAGAGAGGGUUAUAAAGUUGAUUCUCAAGAAAGACACGAGGAUAUAUCGAUUGGAGUUGAAACAUUUGUCAACGUCAGAUGAACGUGACCCAACACGAGUGUAACCAUGUUUAAACUGAUUCAUCUGAUUUUAUGUGUGAAGACUUUCUCUAAUGAUAUUGGUACGUACUUCCCAGUGAAGUGAAGGGCAUUAACCCUCUUGCCGCGAUUUGAUUAUUACCACUCUACGACAACGACUGGAAACCGCAUACUCACUUCGUGCCGUACAACUUUGGGAUUGGCUCAUCUCUAAUCAGGGGGCCCAGUACAUCUCCGUGUUCUUUCUACGUUAGAGAGUUAAAAAUCACUGACAACAAGUAUCAAUAAUUCGUGACUGAAUAUACCUAUGACAACACAAGCGCAAUCACAGGCACUAACUUGUAUAGCAAAAACCGGAGCCAGCAGCUCUGUUGUAGAGCACCAUCCAAAUUCUUAUUGGGAACAACCAUUUAGUCAGCCAUAUUUUGAUAAUACGACGAGGCGAGAAACCACAACAACUGUUGGCCAAUCAGCUUAUCUUUAUUGCAGAGUCCGCAACCUGGGAGAUCGUGCUGUAUCAUGGAUACGGAAAAGAGAUCUGCACAUCCUGACUGUUGGUAUAUUGACGUACACCAAUGAUCAACGAUUUCAAGCGAUGCACAGUGAUGGCAGUGACGAAUGGACAUUGAAAGUAACAUCGCCGCAGGUGCGGGACAGUGGAACAUAUGAAUGCCAAGUAUCGACGGAACCGAAAAUCAGCCAGGCUUACAAAUUGAGUGUAGUUGUAUCCAAAGCUGAAAUUUCAGGCAAUGCAGAGUUAUAUAUUAAGAGCGGCAGCGACAUAAACCUCACUUGCACAGUACUUCAAACACCUGAGCCACCGUCCUUCAUUUACUGGUACAGAGGUGACCACGUUAUUAACUACAGUCAACGUGGUGGUAUAAGUGUUGUAACAGAGAAGCAAACCAGGACUUCCCGUCUGUUGAUUUCACGAGCGCUCCCAGCUGAUUCUGGGAAUUAUACUUGUGCUCCUUCGACAGCUGAAUCUGCCAGUGUUCUGGUCCACGUGCUAAACGGUGAACAUCCAGCAGCAAUGCAACAUGGUAAUUCGAGUAACAGCGGUGCAGCGACGCGAACAUUGGCAUUACUAUUGCUGUUUCUACAUGCCGGAUCGUUUGCAAGGUGACUGAUCGAUUAUGAACAGUAAGCACUUUUCCAACUGAGUCACUGAGCGGACCGUGAUUGCCUGCCCUCCUCUAAACAAUUUCCAUAUAUAUAUAUAUAUAUAUCUUCCCCCUCGCUCCAACUAUUUUCCAACUCUUAUACCUGACUGAUUAAUUCACGGGAUUAUCUAUAGUACCCCAUUUUCGAUAACGAAAUUAGUGAAUUAUUAGAGUUGCUGUGAAAGUGAGAUUCAUUUGGAGGACAGUGCGCGGUUACUCUUGCCCGAAGCGCAUUAUCUAUGGAUAUCAAUGUGCGUAUAGUUGAAGGAUAAUAACUCAAUUAAUAUCCUUGAGUAAGACUUUUCGCGGUACAUCUGGUGUCAUUGCAAUCUCUGGCUACAAUAACACCUAUUCAUAUAUUCAUAUCACAUUCUUGAUCUUCUAUAUAAUGGUAAAGGUGUUGAGGGGUGGAAUAUCUCUGAUAAAUGUGCACAACUCGAUUCAAUCUCAAGUUUAAUUGUAUUGUUUUUCUCAUAAUAAUAGCACUUUGUAUAGAGGCCCUCAUUAUUGAAAAAUAAUCUAGUUAGAAUACAUGUACGACGGGAUAUGGUAACUCGUGUCAUUGACAGCCCUUAGGUUCGCCUCGAACCGUUGACUUCAUAUUCAUUACCACCUAGUGGCAUAUGUUUCAGAGCUACGUUUUCCGUAAGUACUAUUAUAUUGAGCUACAACUGUGAUUUAUCCAUUUCCAUAAAGGUUAUAGCACAAACCAAAGACGAGUGAUGUAAUCUCAAGAAUCAAUCAAUACUUUUUUUACGAGUUUUCACGUGAAGCGUGCCUGAACAAUUAUUUUUUCGGACACGGUGACGAAAUAAUUAUUUUUAUGAAAAGUAGAUGAGAAUGAAUAUGAGUACAAUUUAAUCAAGAAAGUGAAGAAUGGCAUACAUCAAUCAUCAUUUGUCACUGAGAUUUUUCCAAUAUCUAAGAUGAUCCGUAGUCACUUCAUUCGUCAUAGUCAUUCCCGAAGGAUCGAUUGUCAUGGGGCUCGACAGCUCUCACGGAUGAGUUUAUAUGGUGCUAUUAAGCAUGACAAUGAAUAUGACGUGUGAUGAGAAAAUGGAGAAUUAUUUCAGCUCACCGAUUUCUAUCAUAUUGUUCUAUAUUUGCCAUCUCUUUUCACCUCUUUUAACCACCAAUUAUGAUUGAUGUUUGUCCUUGUCUCUGGUGUCAUUCUUUUAUCUCGUGGUUUUUCGUCCAGAUGUAACUUGUUAUAUUUUAUAUACAUAUAUUUUCAUUGUUCCGUACGCGCUGAAAACGUUGAUAUAGUCAUUUAUUAUUCAAUGGCCUUAGGUUUUACGAUCGUUUCCAUUUCGUAUAUUAUACAGAAAGAAGUUUUGAGCUUUUCAAGCUAAGGUUAUAUAGUUAGGCAUAUUUUUGUUGUUUCCUUCCGAUCAUAACUCGUCGUACCUUUUACUGUAUGGCAUAGAGCGUUUAAUUGUAAUUCUUUUCAUUUAACCAAAAUUUUAUGAUGGACGAGCUAUUCGACAAGUUACGAGAAUUAAUGGCCCCUGAUCAUCCGUUGUCGUUAUAGAGAGAAAAUUCGAUUUUCAUGUAUUAACUUCAUCAUUUUGUCGACAAAUUGAUCUUUGCACACAAUAGUCAGCCCUCAUAAAAAAGUACAAAUGAAAAGUACGGGGCUGAAAAAUGUCAAAUCAAUUAUGAUAAGUGACUAAAUCGAGUUUGCAAUGGCUAGAGACUUUAACACCAAACUCUACCAAACUAGGUGUACUAUUGUACAGUUGCUGACCUGACCAAUAAAAGAACCGAGAAAUAUAGAAGAAGAAGAAUGAAUCCCAGACACUAAACGUUGAUUCAUUAAAAAAUGUAAUCACUGAGUUUUGAAUGCUAGUGAAUAGAAAUGUGAACAUACCAGGUGCGUUUGUCGUGAAUAUUCAUUUGGCGAUGAACGCCGUAACGAGAGUGAGACUGAGUCCGUUAGUGCUUAUCCUUUGAUGCUUGUGGUUUGCGAGGGAGUUUACCCCAAUGGUUCUCUCUUAAUCCCACACGUUCAACUAACGUAUUAAUGAUCUGCUGACAUUGCCUCCUACCGUCCCUCCCACUCCUCUUUACUCCUACCGUUCCUUCCCCCACCACUGUUCCACAUAUCUACAUAUAUAUGUAUAUUAGAAUUGGUAAGUUGUAAUUAAUAGAAAUGUGGCUUUGAUAAUGUGAACUAUAAUAUAAUAUUGGGUUUAUACUUUGUAUGAUUAGUUCAUUGAUAACAAAAAUAUUUUUCUAUAGUCUAGAUAUAUUUUUUACCCAUGAUUUCAUUGAACUUUUAAAAAUUAUAUUAGUUUUGGAAAUACAUGUAUAUCCGUGAAUGGCUUUAUCAUUGAUAAAGUUGUAAGUUUACAUGGAUAUGUCUACUACUAACGUGUCUCUAUUACUGUACAUUUUUUAAACAUUUUUUAUGGUCAUGGCGUAACUUAAUUAUUAUUCAUCUAGAAUCGAAAUAACAACGCAUGUUCAUUUUACUUCAUUGACAACAGUAUCAUCGUAUACAAGUACCCCUUAUGUCUUAUACUGCAGGCACACAAAUUGGUUUUACUUUUAGCCAUAAUAAUCAACUGAUGGAGUAUAUUGCCCCACAACAGUAAUGAUCCCUCAAAAUUGUAAAUAAUUUCUAAUUAAACAGAAGAAGGUUUUUAAAAUUUUUUAAAAUAUAUCAUUUCGCCGACAAUUAUAGAAUAUCCUAAAGUACCCUCAGAUAAACACCGCCUAGAUUUUUUUCCUAAACUACCCACAAUAAUGAAACCAUAGACGUAUCCACGUAAAAAAAAUGUUAUGCUGUGUCUCCAGUCAAUUAGUAAUAGAAUCAUACCUUUUAACUAUACAGUUGAUUUUUUUUCAUUCCAUGCAAUAACAUACUGAGCAUACCGAUUUUUUUUUUCUCAAGUUUUAUAAAUUUGGAGAAAACUAAACACUAAUCAUAACCGAUCACAUAUUGAAUUUUUUUUUGGCACAUUCAUGGGAUUAAGCUUGAUAAAACGCAAUUUAAUAUCUUCUGGGUAAAUCACGAUUUUCAGGCCCAAUACCGUGAAAUAGUGUAUCUUAUGCCACGAUAAAAGUAUCAUCUGAUCUAUAUGGCUAUGAUAUUCGCUUGUGUUUUCAAUUAUAAAGCCACAGUCACCGCCUGAUACUUUCAUCACCUAAUGACAUAAUAUACUAUUUCAUGUGUAAAUAUUCUGCAAUCUGUAGAUGCAAAAUAUAGAGGUUGUACACCGAUAGAAAGGUGGGCUGCUUUAGUUGCAGUUACGGAUGUUUCUUACGCAUGACCUUAACUCGGUAAAUACUAACGAAUCGUCGUAAUAAUGGAGAAGCUCCGUUAACAUCAGCUCAACAUUUCUAUCAGUGUACAUAUUAUCAUGUAUGGAGAAAUUAGCCUACGAUUAUAUUUCUUUUAUCCAAGAUUCGCCUCAGGCUGAUGUUGGUGUUUUUUGAUUGUUUUACACGUGAGAAGGUUAAAGGAUAAGAAAAUCGCAGAACAUGAAAGAUUAAAAUAGUAAACAAAUGUAUGUAUUUGGCAUUGAAAACAACACAUUCAGGAAUGUCGUAAAUAUUUUUCUCUGAAGGAAAAAAAAGUCCAUAGAAAAUAGUCUUUUAAUGCCACGAAUGAAUGUAACAAGAUACUGAAAAAAUGAACGAAAAACAAAAUGCGACAACAAUGGAGAAAAUAAACAUAUAAAUGGGAAGAUGAAUGUUUUACUAAGAGGAAAAUCGCGUGACACGCUGACCUCAUUGUGAAUAUAAAUAUAUAGUGUAUCUUUUAAGUAUCCUAUUUAUAAACGUGAUACCAACAUACUGGCUGGAGUUUCACAUGUGUAUAACCGCAUCCAAGGAAAAUCACACAGUACAUGUACACGAUUAUCGGUAAAUCGAUCCAAUCUGAGCUUCAUAGUAUGUCACCGUAUUUCCCUCAUGUCUCUUCUCUGACGAACCCUGUAGAAAUAUUCAGAGAAGCGACACCUUCGUCACGAACAGUAGUGGAUGGCAUGCUCAUUGCAUCUUGGCCGACUCAUGUGUGGGAAGAAACAGUCGUGUUUUAUUAUUAUUAUUCUUUUAAUGUAUGGCAUAUGAUCAAAAUUCCAGGGGAAAGUUAUCAUAAAAAUGAGAAAAAAUCAUGGAUCACCGACUCAUUUUUGAGUUUUUAGCGUGUUAUUAUUGUAAUUUGGUUUCAUUAGACAGAAAAGACAGUAAAAUGACUAAUUAAUUCGUCUUUCUUAUGAUUUAAGCGGGGGCUAUAUGGCCAAUGAGAAAAAAUUCGGAAGAAUCAAGGAAUAUUUAUCAAAAAAAUACCCCGCAGAAGUUUGCCCAUGUUUUAUGCUGCCAUAAUGGAAGAAAAACCAAUUAUAGAGACGUUAAUACAUCACUGUAGAAACGUUGCUUACAUUCCAAUGCAGAUCACUAGGGUAUUUGCCGCGAAAAAAAAAUUACAUUUUAUUAGACCAUUCACGCUCUUAAGUGUCUGGUGCAAUCUGUAACGUGAAAUUAAAGAAGAAUAAGUGAACAAAAUGGAUGAUGCCAUAAGAUAAGGAAUGAGCGAUAGCAUUAUGUCAAUAAAAAUGAGUGUAUGAAAAUAAAUUGUUAGUUAGAAAAUAAUAAUAAGUAUUAUCAUGUAGCAAAUAUAAAAAGUAUAUCAACAUCGUGGAAUGUUGAAUUAUACAAUAUUGUGAAUGUAUAUAUAACAAGAUAUACUGAUUUUGUUGGAUCCAGUUGUAUCAGAAUUCGUAAACCAAGUAAAAAGACCCUAAAAUAUUGAGUAUUUGUCGGACAAAAAGGGAAUAUUAA